CCAGUCACGUGGUCCCGGGAAAAGGUCAAUCUAAAAUCCCUAACCCUCCGCCUCCACCUCCGCCGACUCUCCCUUCCUCGUGUGACCUGCUGUCGAGGAGACCAAGUCAGAGAUCAAUCUGGAAGGAUUUCACCAGGUUUAGCUCUCUAAAACCUCGGCACGCCUUAUCAGGAGAUUUGCAACGAGGAGCGCAAACCUUCUGCUCGUGUUUCUGGAACAUGUAUCGUACCCUGAUGUGAAGAGACAAAGACAAGCAGCUACGGAGAAUUGAUUCCAGGAUGUUCGGCAACAACAUCAGAGCACAAACCAUCCAAAAAAAAAAAAAAAAGCCUUUCCAUCCACGCGUUCAAUCAACAUGGAUGAGGUUGGCUGCCGGAGUUUGUUUACUGGGCGGAGAGCGACAGGAAAAGCAUCCAAGCAUCUUUCGCCACCAACACUCCCACUUGACCAUUGAGAUGAUUUGCGACGACGAGGUGUGAGGUGACCGCAGUAUCUUUGAGGAAUCAAACCCAAAGAUGAGGAGCUUUCUUCAGUGUCUGGCGCUGUGUGCCGUGCUCUGCCUCGCCAACGGUCGAGCCGCCCGUUCAAGUUCAGACUCCAACGAAAGCACCGAAUCCAGAGAAGAUAUUUUUGUGGCCCCACGCCGAGCCCAUUCCUUCAUCACCCCACAGAGGAACAUCUACAACCUACCCAGAGGAAACGGCUUCAGCAAUUACUUUGUCAGCAGGAGGGUGAAGACUCCAGCAGAGAGACGUGCGGAGACCUGCGAGGACUACUCACCCUGCCGCUUUUUUGCCUACCACAAUGGCUACCAGAGGGCCUACCAGAGAUACUUCGGGAACCGAGUUCCACAGCGACCAAGACAGGCCUCCUCUCGUCGAUACUAACGUCUACGUCGAACCCAAAAACGUUUGCCACAUCGACAUUCCACCUGUAGGGACCUUCAGCUGUCAUGGAUGCGUUCAUGUUCGAAUCCGGUGGUGCUUCAUUUGGAUAAAGACAGGAUAACUGCUAUAUUUAAUAAUUAUGGCACCUUCCUAGCAUUUAUGAGCUGUGUGUAAUUGUGCCUUGGCUCCCUAUGUAUUCACCUUUUGCUACACCUUUAGCAUCCGUUUACAAAA